GGUAGAAAAAUUUUACUCAAGAAAAGAAAUAAAGACACUUUAAGGAUAUGCUAACUGCUAGGUUUCUCAGGGGUUUUCCAGCAUUCCCAAAGAUCUAUAGCAUUAACAGUGGUGAGGCUUCAUUUAUCUUUUUUGUUUCUCUUUCCGAAAUAAAGUGGGCUUGAUAUAAUAUAUCAUUGCUAUAAGUAGUAAGUUACUUUUUAGAAUCAAGCCCUGUAGAUCAUGAAAAUUAACAUUUAAGAAAUAUGUCAAGCUUUUUAAGUGUAAUCUUUGUACUCUAGAGGAAAAUUUUAUUCUCUGUUUAAAUGCUUAGGCAUUAUGAGUCUUUUAAAACAAUGGCUUGAGUACCUUUGUGGCACUUCAAGGGUGGUAGCUGCCAGCUACCUAAUGGGUUGAUUAUUCUAGAUUUAAAAUGAUUACUGUGUCCUUAUGCCUAGCUAAUCUCUUUUUUUCUGAAUUUGGUUUAUUUAAAGUUGAAGUUUGCUGCUAAAGAUGGCAGAUCCGGACGUCCUCACCGAGGUUCCCGCAGCAUUGAAGAGGUUAGCCAAGUAUGUGAUCCGGGGGUUUUAUGGCAUUGAGCAUGCUUUGGCCUUGGACAUCUUGAUCCGGAACCCCUGUGUGAAAGAGGAGGAUAUGCUGGAGCUGCUCAAGUUUGAUCGGAAGCAACUUCGAUCAGUUUUGAAUAAUUUAAAGGGAGACAAGUUCAUCAAAUGCAGAAUGAGGGUAGAGACUGCUGCAGAUGGGAAAACCACUCGCCAUAACUACUACUUUAUUAAUUAUCGUACUCUUGUUAAUGUGGUAAAAUAUAAAUUGGAUCACAUGAGAAGGAGGAUUGAAACUGAUGAGAGAGAUUCCACCAACCGGGCUUCCUUCAAAUGUCCUGUCUGUAGUAGUACUUUUACAGACUUAGAAGCUAAUCAGCUCUUUGAUCCCAUGACAGGAACUUUCCGCUGUACUUUUUGCCAUACAGAGGUAGAAGAAGAUGAAUCAGCAAUGCCCAAAAAAGAUGCACGCACACUUUUGGCGAGAUUUAAUGAACAAAUUGAGCCCAUUUAUGCUUUGCUUCGGGAAACAGAGGAUGUGAACUUGGCCUAUGAAAUACUUGAGCCAGAACCCACAGAAAUACCAGCCUUGAAACAAAGCAAGGACCGUGCAGCAACUACUGCUGGAGCUGCUGGCCUGGCAGGUGGGCACCACCGGGAAGCAUGGGCCACCAAAGGUCCCUCCUAUGAGGACUUAUACACUCAGAAUGUUGUCAUUAACAUGGAUGACCAAGAAGAUCAUCGAGCCUCACUGGAGGGGAAAUCUGCCAAAGAGAGACCCAUUUGGUUGAGAGAGAGCACUGUCCAAGGAGCAUAUAGUUCUGAAGAGAUGAAGGAAGGUGGCAUAGAUAUAGACGCAUUUCAGGAGCAUGAGGAGGGCCGUGCAGGGCCAGAUGAUAAUGAGGAGGUCAUGCGAGCACUACUCAUUCAUGAGAAGAAGACCCCCUCGGCCACGGCAGGCUCGGUGGGGGCAGCUGCUCCCGUGACCCCUGCCAAUGGCAGUGACUCAGAGAGUGAGACCAGUGAGUCAGACGAUGACUCCCCACCUCGACUGGCAGCUGUGGCAGUGCAUCAUCGGGACGAGGAUGAGGAGGAGGAUGAUGAGUUUGAGGAAGUUGCAGAUGACCCCAUUGUUAUGGUGGCUGGCCGUCCGUUCUCCUACAGCGAAGUGAGCCAGCGGCCAGAGCUGGUGGCCCAGAUGACACCAGAGGAGAAGGAAGCAUACAUAGCAAUGGGACAACGCAUGUUUGAGGACCUUUUUGAGUGAGCUUUCCCUACCUUUUUUUCCUUUCUCUAAAGCUCAUUUCAAAAAGAAAUUCCCUACCCUUGAUGAAAAGUGUUUAAAUGGCAUUCUGCCCUUCUCGAAGUAAAGCAGCUAAACAAUAAUGGGAGAGAAAGUUUGACUUUUAUGCCAGAAGCUUCCCCACAGGGAGGUUGGCUGUAUAAGCAUUUCCUUCCCUGCUAUUAUUACAGUAUAUCUUACUGUAUUUCAUAUUUACCUGAUCUUUUUCCUUUAUAAGACCCAUUUUUCUCCUUUCUGAAAUGAGCGCAGGAGAUCUGUGAGGUAAAUUCUUCCUGUCUGCCUGUAGAAGCCCACUAUGAUAGGUUACACUAAUUCACUGAUCACAUCCUUUUAAAAAUCUGUUCUGACCAAGCAUUCCAAACAAUUCCCAAUAUUGCUGCCAAGCAGCUUGGCAACAGGCAAAUCACUGGUGAGAGAUAAAAUAAGUCUUAAAACUGC